GCGCGCCCAGGUGAGAGAGCCGCCCCCCACCCUCCAGCGCCCCUGCACCGGGUGCCGGUGCCAGCUUCCCUGUCUGCCCCUUGGCAGAGCGGGCUCCGCGGCCGGCUGCACCUCGGCGGGCCAGACCCGGUGCGGCUCCGGCUCCAUCUUGGCGCCGGGCACCUGUGGCGGCAGCAGGAGCAGCGCUUCCGUCGGCCUGCGCGGCCCAGGCGGCGGCGGCGACAGGGCAACCAUGAGUUCUAGCCACCCUGAACCAGGUGCCCGGGAACCCCAAAGUCCCCGCCCACAGCUUCUGUCCCAGAGUUCUUCCAGCUUGCUGUGCGAAGGCCAGGAGCAGAGGCCAGAGCUGCGCAAGAGUGCCAGCAGCACUGUAUGGCAGGCACAGCCAGGUGAGGCCAGCGCUGGUCCCCGGACUCUGGAGGAAGAGGGGUGCCAGACUGAGAGCACGGAGCAAGCGCAGACCUCGAGCCUUCGGUCACAGGCCGGUGCUGGAGGCCACUGGAGAAGCAGCACCGUUGGCAAUGUGUCCACCAUGGGCAUCGGAGACCUGUGUCGCCUACGGGCCCCCAGUGUGGCAGCUGUGCAGAGGAGCCACUCAGACUUAGUCCACAGUACCCAGACCCGGGGUCAUGGCAGUGCUCAGAAGGCCAGCCUCAGCUGUUCUGCCCUUGGCGGCUCACCUGUCCGGAGGGCUCAGCUGCAGCCUGGAAGUGUUACCGGCCAAGAAGGCCAGACCCCUGCAGGCCUGCAAAGUGACCUGGCUUCAGAGGACGGGACUUCGAAAUCAGCCUGCAUGUUGGGGGAGGGGGAGGUGUUGGUGCCAACUGUGAAACUGGAAGGUCCAACUGGUCUCAUGAGCAGUCCCCAGGGUGGACCCAAAGCGACUGGACAGCUCUCUACCUGCCAUGCUCUGCCCCCAGCCGCUCUGCUCUGCACUGUGAGGGAGGCUGCAGCUGGUGGUUGCUGCCAUGCCCUGCCUGCCACAGGCAUCCUGGCCUUUCCCAAAUUGGUGGCAUCAGUGAGUGAGUCUGGGUUGCAGGCUCAGUGUGGGAUGAAAUUCCACUGUAAGAUGCCUGGGGGCAUUUCUGGGCACCCUCACUGCUGUGUCCACCCUUGGGGGCCUACAGGGCUAGCCACAGAGUCUGGCUCCAGGACCAAAGAUGUGUGGACCAUGACCUCAGCCACUGACUUGGCCUUGGGUGUGGCAUCAGCCCAGGAUGCUGGGGUUCAGGUAGCUCCAGUGGCAGCCUGCAAGGCUGUGGCUACCAGCCCGUCCCUGGAAGCACCCGAGACUCUGAACAUAUUCCCAGAGGUAAUUCUGGGGUCCGGCCUUCAGCGGGCCUCAUCCCCAGUGAGGGAAGUGCGAUGGGAUGCUGAGGGCAUGACAUGGGAGGUAUAUGGAGCCUCGGUGGAUCCUGAGGUGCUUGGCAUUGCCAUCCAGAAGCACCUGGAGAUGCAGUUUGAACAGCUGCAGCAGGCACCAGCCAGUGAGGACAGCCUAUCUGCAGAGGGCCGCAGGGGCCCCCUGCGGGCUGUCAUGCAGUCGCUGAGGCGCCCCAGCUGCUGUGGCUGCUCUGGAGCUGCGCCCGAAUGAGGAAUUGUGACCCUGAAGCUGGCCCUGACUCUAGACUUGGUCCUACGCCAGCGACAGUCACAGCGGAGACCCUGUGUCACCCGAACCCACCCCUCUCACUUGAACAUCAUCAGCCUUGGGCUUGCCGUUCCAUGCAGCUGGGCUGUCUUUUAAGGGCUUGACUCCCAGGAGCCGCAUCUCCAUUCUGGGCUCUGGACUUUGGGACAGGGUUUUUGCAUUGCACAUCAGCAAAAUCCUGAUUUCUUUCCUGUAAAAGCACUUCACCGUUGGUUUAGUCCGUCCUCAGAACUGUGCUGUUACUCCCCCAGGACUCUUGGUGGUUUUAUUUUUAAUAGCAUUGCCAGGAAGUAAUGAAUUGUGACAUUACGCAGGAGGUCCAGGUGGUGGGGAUUGUCUUGGUCCUUAGAGAAGUGACAUUGCUGGAGGCCUCCUGCCUGCCAUAUCCUGUGCUCAUCACCUACCUUGUUGAGGUUUCACCCCUCUUCAGAUGUCACAGCAGAAGUCUGGCAAGGAUCUAGCUGGUGAGCUCUGAGGUAGACAGUUCGGUAUAGUAUGGAAGGUUUAGAGCUGGGGCUGGCUGAGCCCUGGUGCUGGCCUGGGGACAGGAAGGACUAAUUGAAUGCAUGAUCUCUGCCAGGUUCUGAGGGUCUGUGAGGAAUGAGACACAGUCAGUGCCCAUGGAGAGUGCAGGGACCAGAGCAUUACAGAAGGGCUGUGUGUCUAUCACUUGGAGGGGGGUUGCAAAAGCCUGCCCCUGCAGGUCACUGUUGGAGACCAGGUGGCCACCUGUCCCCAGAUGUGUUGCAGUACUUGAAAGAGGUGCCUUCCUCACCCCACCCCAUUGGCUUUUAUCCUAGCUGGUGCAGUUCUUCUGGGAGGAGCUGGCCGGGGGUGGGGUGGGGGCUGGGCUUGGGGUUCCCACCAGAUAGGCAACGGCUAGAGAUGAGAGGCUCUCAAUGUCGGGGUUAGAAAUGGCCCAGCAAGGGCUAGGCAGUAGGGGCCAGUAGAUUUGGGUGGGGAGAGGGGGCACAGCCUUAGCUGCCUGAUUUUAUUACCCAAGGGCUUCUCAAGACCCAAGGAGGACUGGGGGAGUCUGUUGAAGAUCCUAGGCUCCUGGGAUAGAGCCCCUCAGGUCAGCAUGUGAGAUAGCUCUGGGGUUAGGUAGAAUCAGGGCCUCUGAUUUGGCCAUGUUCCUGUAGGACUGAAGCUCUAAUAAGCUGGGCAAGGGGGCGGGGCUGAGGCCACUCCUGGGACCCUGGGGCCUGAAAGAUGGCUUAUCUGCCCCAUCUGCAAGGUCUGGUGCUCACUGAAGCAGGGAAAACUCUGCAUCGUGGCUUAUGGUUUGGAGCAGGAAUGGCAUGUCAGUGGGUCAAAGGAACAGGCAAGGCAGGCUGGCUUUCUGGGUGAGGAGCAUCAGUCUUGCUGGUACUGUGCCUUUUCCAGGGAGCAAGCACACCCCUUAAAGUUCUGGGCACAUGUGACUAUUGUGUGAUACAAGGCAAGUACUUCGUGCACUGGGGUAUGGCAUAUGGCCACCUCAUCUCCUCCACACAUGGGUAGCAGCAGCCCAGCCUCGGAGCCUGAAUGGGAGUGAGCAGAUAGCUUUGGGGACCUGGGGGCAAUGCCACCUUCAUACAGGGCCACAGCUGAGAAGGCUGUUGACACAGAGGGCCUGGGCAGGUGAGUGACGUGGAGACAGGUUGGAGAUGUCUGUUCUGCUGAAAUAUGGUGAGCCACUGUUGCAGGUACCAUUGGUGUUCAUUAGCUGGGAGGUUGGCUGACAGGAUCUGCAGGAGGUGGGGGAAGAUUCCCACACCCGUGUGUACAGUCUGUUCAGUGAAAAGAAGCCAAGGAGGCUGGGAUCCUUUCAUCUAGAGCAGGAAGACAGUGAGGCCACUUUCUGGGACAAGCGAGGGUGGUCCGGAGGUCCACAUGAAGGGAAGCAUGCCAGGGCUUCCUAUUGAUAGUGAGACCUAUUGCAAGACCUUCCUCUGCCACAUGCAGCUCUCAAGUUCAUUGUUGGGCAGAUUGUGCCAACCUGCAAGUCCCGUGCUGUGCCUGGUACCCAGAUGAAAGCCAGAGUGGGCCCACUGUGGUCAGGACAGACCAGCCAGCCACCCACUUCAUCCUGACUGAUAAACGUCUGUAUGAUGGUGCUAGAACCCAGCCCAGCCUGUGUGGUGGUUGAAACCCCUGGAGCACCCACGAGCUCAGCUGUACAGCACCUGUUCCCAGGUCUGCCUGUGGCACCUGUUGACUGAAUUUCUGAGCUGGACCCCAUUCUUAGUUCCUCAUGGGCGCCCUCCUGGGUAAGGCCUGAUUUGGGUACUGGACCAGGGGCUGCUGAACAUGGUCACUGGCUUUCCUUAUAGACCUCUGCUCUUGUACUCUUGAUUUCUGGCGGGACAUUUGGGGUCCCCCUUGGAGGUGGUGGACUCACUGUCUAUGUUUGUCUGCGUUUGAAUUAAAAAUAAAUACAAGUUGAGAGAUCAGAGCUUUGCUAAGCUUUGGCAGAACUGGG